AUGCAUUCAAAGGCUCUUGUAUGUGGCAGCGUUAUUUUGAUGUUACUGAUGUUCUCCAUUGCUUUUGUCAAUGGAGAAGAUGAUGAUACAGAGGCUACAACUGUUGCUGAUACAUUAUGUGAAGGUGUUAGCUGUGAAACCAAUACAGAAGCUAGCGAAGUUACAGAAGUUACAGAUUCAGCCGCACCAACUACAAUGGUGCAAACUACGGCAGAACCAGCUACGAUGGUGCAAACUACAGCAGAACCAGCUACAAUGGUGCAAACUACAGCAGAACCGGCUGCAACAACGAGAAGAUCACGUAAACCACAGGAAAGCAACAAAAAAAAGAGACGCCGAGGAAAUCGUCGUGGUGAUAAUUCGGAUAAAACUGGCAAAUCACCUUUGGAAUCAAUAAAUGUUUGGGUUGCCUUUGGUGAUGGUUGGGAAUCGUAUGAUCAGUCAGGAUAUCAGGGAGGUCAAGUUGUGAACUUUCGUGACAAGGAAAAGUAUAGCAAAGAUACGGACUAUGAAGAUGAAAGCGAAGAUAAUGAUUCAAAGAAAAUAAAACAAGAGAAAAAACGCAAGUUAAUACGUAUUCGUUUUCCUGUUCGUCACUAUCCUAAUCGUCGUCGAUUUCCUGCUCGACGUUUCCCAACACUUAUGUCGAUUUCUCCAUGGCUUCCAAUCUUCUUUGAUAAAUCUACCUAUCAAACAAUCAUUUUUUCACCAACAGGCGGUUAUUAUAUUUUACCACCAUUGAUCAACUUUUAUGGUCAACGAUUUUCUGUUGCUCAACUGAUUAAAUGGGGAUAUGCGUCAUUGGUUAGUUCAGGUACACCUCCACCACCUAAUGUUGAUGUAGCUCCAUUUGUUCAACCACAACAACCAGCUACUCAGUAUUUUGGUUCUCCGAAUGCUAGAUCAGGUCCUCUUUUCGAUGAAAAUAGAGCUCAAUUUACCAACGACGUGAAAACGAAUUUCGUUUACGUAAAACCACGCUACAGCGAUACUAUUGAUGCAUGA